AUGUUGCAACGCCGCAAAAAUAUUCGGCACCGAGAAAAUUCGAGACCACCUCAGCACGGCAUGGGUCUAGCAUGUACUUAUGCCACUGUCCUGACUACUGGACAUCGUACAAACAACGGUAUCAAGCUGGACACCUAUUCAAAGCCAAAUGUUUAUGACUCUCCCCUUAAAUUCAACCCAGUCGACGGUGCUCAGAGCCACGUACUACAAUUGGAUGCCAGCUACAUAGAGCAUAAUGAAUUUCCAGUCACAGAGCUAGGAACAAGCGUCGAGGUCUUUUCCAUCUCACAAGAAGGCCCUCCCUACCUCGCCGUCCACAAGCUAUGCUACCAACUGGCCGAACGUUUCAUAAGUAGCAGAGUAGCAGCUCAGGGUGCAACCCCCCAGGUCUCAUCUGAAGACGCAAUUUCUUCCAUUGAACAGCUAUGGAAGGAGCGCGAAGAUGACCCCGAAGAUGCCGAGAGAGUAGAAAGUAACCCGCUAAACAUAUCAAGGCUUACUGAAUCCAUACUCAAAAACCUCGAGCCAGAACCAUCUGAAAGGCGAAAAGAGAUAAUAUCUGGGACAGAUAGUGACUACCGACACACAAUAUUGCCAUCGGUGGCUGGUGGUAGCCAAGGCGAUUGGUGCGACGCUCUUGUGAACAAACAGCUGUUCCCGUGGCUGUGGGAUUUAGAUACCGAGGUCGUCCGCAAGAAGCAACAAGAAAGCAAUUGGGACUGGGAAAGCCUCGUGCGUAAGCUUGUCCAAGGUCAAUGUCCACGAGUCUAG